AUGGCUUCUCGAGCCCUCGCUGCUCUGUCCAUCCAGCCGCGUCUCGGCGCAAACUCAGCGCCGUAUUCGGGUCGACCUAUACGUGCCACGGUCAGGCCGGUCGGGCGCGGCCGCCGGCGCCGGUCCAUGGUGGUGCGGGCCGGUGGGCCACCGAGCACCAACGUGCUCAUCCUCGCCUUCCUGCUGCCGGCCUCCCUCUUCAUCGGCACCCUCGUGGUCGCCGCUCGCGUCGCCGACGACCUCGACGAGCGGUUCCUGCGGGAGAUGGAGAUGAAUGAGGCGAUAUUGGAAGAGAACGAGGCUUCCGAGGAAGCCGAAGACGAUGGAAGGGUGUACACCGUCGAUGGAGAGGACGUUGUGCAGCCAGCGGUGGAGAAGGAGCAAGUUCUUGUUCCUGCCGCUGCAACGCGCACCAGGAACAGGCCGAAGAGGGAGGUGUAUUAGCUAGAGGUACAUGUGUUCAGAAAUGUUUCCAAAAUGCUACAGCUUCAGUUUGAUCGACAAAGUAUGCGAGUUUGCAAUGGAAUAUAUGGCCAAUGCUGCUGAAGUACUGCACGUUGCUAGUACUCGUAUCUCUUUCAUGAAGGAGUGUGAAGAGCAGGAUACAAAAUUGUUAGUGUUGAGCUUCCUGGGAAUCGGGUCAUCGACCUGUAUUCUUUCAGAACCAUAACAAACAGCUGAUGCCUUUUGGUAUCUCUUUGUAAUACAGAUCAUGCAUACAUGAUGUACAGGUGGAAAACGCACAGAAGCUAGAUAUCGGCUCCUAAUGCUACCA